AUGGACAACUCGCCGACGGCGCUGUUCGACUCGUACGAGCAGGACUUUUCGCAGAUCCUCCAGAGCAUCCAGGACAAGCUCAAUGGAGAGGCCAAGGACCAGCAGGGCGAGCAGCGCAAGGCCGCGCUGCGCAGAGUAGAGAUGGAGCUCGACGAGGCGGACGAGAUGGUCUCGCAAAUGGAAAUAGAGGUCCAGGGCAUCCCGCAGUCCCUCAGGCCCUCGUACCAAGCGCGCAUCAAAUCCGCCAAGGCCGCGCUCCAGCAGCACAAGAAGCUCUCCAAAGACCUGCACGCGCAGUUCUCGCGCGCGGACCUCCUCGGCUCCCGGGCGGGCGAGGGCGCGCCUUCGGACGACCCGUACGGCGGCGCGAGCGACCGCACGCGCCUGCUCGCGGGCACGGCGCUCCUCGAGGACGGCUCGCGCCGCCUGAUGGAGAGCCAGCGCAUCGCGCUCGAGACGGAGGAGCAGGGCUCGGAUAUCCUGCGUAGCUUGCGCGGGCAGCGGGAGCAGAUCCAGAAUUCGCGCGAUACGCUGCAACGGGCGGAUACGUCGAUAGACCGUGCGUCGGGGACGCUCAAGAAGAUGAUUAGACGGAUGUACCAGCAGCGCGUCGUCAUUGGGGCCAUUGUCGUUGUGCUCGUCCUACUCAUCGCGAUCAUCCUGUGGGCAAAGCUCUGGCGGUGA